CCCGUGACGUCACUCCUGCACCUCUCUCUAGACGCCGCGCGCCUCCUCCGCGUGUACAAGAAUUUGGAUUUGGGAGCUCGCGCUUGCGGGCGGCUGGACGUUGCUUCUGUCUGUGUUGGUGCUGUUUGGGGAACCGCGUGGUGAGAAGAGGUGAGAGGAGAGAAGAAGAGAAGGGGAGAGGAUAGAGGACAGGAGAGGAGAGAGAAGAGAAGAGGAUAGCGGAGGUGGUGGAGAUGUAGUCAGAACCGGACGCGGACGAAAUGCUCGCGCGCUUGGAAUUUAAUUGAACGGCGAAAACUUUGAAGCGGUGGCCGCCUGCGCGCGCGCGGUGGUUUGGUGAAGAGCGCUCUGCAACCAUGGAGAUCCAGGUGACUUCACUGCUGGCUCUGCUGCUGCUGCUCUUGUGCAGCGGUGCCCGAAACCAAGGGUUGGAUGCAAAGCCCACUCCACACUUCACCCAUCUUACUUACAAUGCCACCAUAUUUGAAAACUCUGCUGCUAAAACCUACUUGGAAGGCCCUAUCAAAAUGGGCAUCUUCAACACAGACCCUUCAUGGGAAAUACGAUACAAAAUUGUGUCAGGUGACAACGAGAACCUUUUCAAAGCUGAGGAGUAUCAGUUGGGGGACUUUACCUAUUUGCGAAUAAGGACCAAAGGAGGGAGCAGUGCCAUUCUUAACCGGGAGGUCCGAGACUACUAUUUGCUCACGGUCAAAGCUGUGGAAAGAAACACAAAUGCAGAGGCACGAGCCCGAGUCAUUGUUCAGGUACUGGAUACCAAUGACCUCCGGCCUCUGUUCUCUCCCACCUCUUACACUGUGUCUUUGCCGGAGAACACGUCCAUCCGCACUAGCAUUGCCAAGGUCACGGCAACAGACGCAGACAUCGGUACGAAUGGAGAGUACUACUACAGCUUCAGAGAGUGGACAGACACGUUUGCAGUCCAUCCCACGAGUGGGGUGGUCACUCUAACUGGAAAACUAGAUUACGCUGAGACAAAGCAGUACGAUUUGGAGAUAUUAGCGGUAGAUCGCGGUAUGAAGCUGUAUGGCAGCAGCGGAUUUAGUAGCAUGGCUAAACUGACGGUACGUGUGGAGCAGGCUAACGAGAAUGCUCCAGUCAUCAGCUCUGUUGUCUUCGCACCUUCCGACAUGGACAAAGACCCGACUUAUGCCAUAGUGACCGUUGAGGAUGAUGACCAAGGAGCCAAUGGCGAAAUAGCGUCUCUUAGCAUCGUUGCAGGAGACCCUUUACAGCAAUUUCGAACCAUGAGAACCAGCCCAGGCAGUAAGGAAUACAAAAUUAAAGCAGUGAAGGAGGUCGAAUGGGAUAGUCAGCCGUAUGGUUACAACCUUACUUUGCAAGCUAAGGAUAAAGGAAGCCUACCUCAGUUUUCCUCAGCUAAAGUCAUCCAUAUCACAUCCCCACAAUUUAAAAUCGGGCCCCCAAAAUUUGAACAAUCUGUUUACAGGGCCAAUGUAAGUGAAUUUGCUCCGCUACACACUCCUGUUCUAAUGGUAACAGCUGUGCCAAAAUAUCCCCAACUGAAGUAUGCUUUCAAACAGAAAUUGGACAAAAUUCCCUUCGCAAUCAAUUCAGACACUGGCUUAAUUACAACAGCUGGACCCAUUCACGCUGACUCUUUGCCACACUAUGAAUUAGAGGUAAUUAUUAGUGACAGAAAAGCAGCCACCAAAGUUAUUAUCGAUGUGAUUGACGUGAACAAUAACGCCCCAGAGUUUCAGCAGUCCUCUUACAAGGCCAGUGUUGAUGAAAACAUGCCUAUAGGCACCAGUGUUGUUACAGUGAAAGCCACAGAUUUAGACAGCGGAGAGAACGGCUAUGUCACGUACAGUAUUGCUAAUAUAAAUCACCAGCCUUUUGUUAUUGACUACUUCACUGGCAUUAUCAGUACAUCGGAACAACUUGAUUACGAGUUGAUGCCAAGGAUUUAUAAUUUGCGAGUGCGUGCAUCAGAUUGGGGUGAACCUUUUCGACGUGAGGUGGAGACUCAAGUCACAAUCAGUCUGAACAAUCUGAAUGACAACAAGCCUCUGUUUGAAAAUGUGGAUUGCCAGGUAACCGUGCCCAGAGAUCAUGGCAUUGGAGAACAGAUCACAACUGUAUCCGCCAUUGAUGCUGAUGAGCUUCAGCUGGUCAGGUACACGAUCAAAGCUGGUAACGACCUGGACUUUUUCGAGCUAAACCCCAGCUCAGGGGUUUUGUCUUUAAAGCAGUCACUGAGUGAUGGUGAGGCGGCAAAGACAUCAUUGUACAGCUUGCAGAUCGUAGCCAGUGAUGGAGAACAUGAAACUCCAGCCAUAUUCUUGAAUAUAACUGUCGUUACUCCACGUAAACCUGUUCAAGUCAAAUGUCUUGACACGGGUGUAGCCACCAUGUUGGCGGAAAAGUUGCUGCAGGGCAGUAAAAUCCACAGCCAAGUGGAACCAGAUGAUAACUUUUUAGACCUUCAUACCAUCAAUCGCUUUACACCUCAAUUUGCAGAAUCAUUCCCAAGCAUCGUUGAGGUCAAGGAGGAUCUGCCUAUUGGGGCUCGGAUUGUCCAUUUGAGCGCUUCAGACUCUGACAGCAGCUUCAAUGGGAAGUUGGUUUACGUCAUUUCUGGAGGAGACACAGAAAGUCGGUUUGUAGCGGACAUGAAUGACGGUUGGCUUAAGGUGUAUGCUCUACUUGACAGAGAGACGUCCGAUCACUACACGCUUAACGUUACCGUGUAUGACCUUGGGAUACCUCAGAAGUCAUCAUCGCGCCUGCUUGACAUCAAGGUUACAGAUGCUAAUGAUAAUAGCCCACAGUUUCUACAGGACUCAUAUUCAGUGGAAAUAAGCGAGAAUGCAGCUGUGGGUACUGAAGUCAUUCAGGUUGAAGCUAAAGAUAGAGACUUGGGAGAUAACGGUCUUGUCAGGUAUUCUAUAUUGGCGGACACGAAUCAGUUUUCUAUUGAUGAGGAGACAGGAGUCGUUAGGGUAAAAAAAGUGUUAGAUCGUGAGAUUCAGCCUGAGCUGGUGCUCAGGAUAGCAGCUCGUGACCAGGCUACUGUUGAACCUCAACUGGUUUCAACUGUGUCACUCAAAAUUACUCUUGAAGAUGUGAAUGACAAUCCUCCAAAAUUUAUACCCCCCAAUUACCGUGUAAAAGUACGCGAGGAUCUUCCUAUUGGUACUGUUAUUAUGUGGUUGGAAGCCCAUGAUCCUGACAUAGGAACUUCGAGCCAGGUACGCUACAGCUUCGUCGACAGUGGCGAUGGAAAAUUCGAAGUGGACAAACUCAGUGGCGCUGUUCGAAUCAUGCAGAAUUUGGAUUAUGAGAAAAAACAAGUUUACAAUCUUGUAGCUAAGGCAAAAGACAAAGGCAAGCCGAUUUCUUUAUCCUCAACCUGUCACAUAGAGGUGGAGGUGAUGGAUGUGAACGAGAAUUUACAUCGACCACUGUUCCAAUCAUUUGUGGAUAAGGGAUAUAUUAAAGAGGACGUGCCCAUUGGAACACCGGUCAUGAAAGUAACAGCUCAGGAUGAGGACAAAGGAAGAGACGGUGAGAUCCGCUAUUCUAUUCGGGAUGGAUCUGGACUGGGAAUCUUUGCCAUCGAUGAAGAAACUGGAGUUAUCCACACUCUGGAGCUGCUGGACCGUGAGUCGGUGCCACACUACUGGUUGACGGUAUACGCCAGUGAUGAUGGCGUUGUCCCGCUGUCCUCCUUCGUAGAGAUCUACAUCGAGGUGCAGGACGUAAACGACAAUGCGCCGCAAACCUCCGAGCCUGUGUACUACCCCUCCGUCAUGGAGAACUCACCCAAAGACGUCUCGGUCAUCCAGAUCGACGCCUUCGACCCCGACACUCGCUCCAGUGACAAACUGAGCUACAAGAUCAGCAGUGGGAACCCACAGGGCUUCUUCAGCAUUGACGCCAAGACUGGUCUUGUCACUACUACGUCUCGCAAACUGGACAGAGAGCAACAAGACGAGCACAUCUUGGAGAUAACUGUGACCGAUCAGGGCAUACCAGCCCGUUCCACUAUGGUACGUGUAAUCGUGCAGGUGUUAGACGAGAAUGACAACCGACCCAUCUUCAUGGAAAAGGUCUACAAAAUCAAACUGCCAGAGCGGGAGAAGGUGGAGAAGGAGCGUUCGAUGCGUCGAGAGCCUGUGUAUCGAGUCAUCGCUUCAGAUCGGGACCAUGGAGCCAACGCUGAGAUCUCCUACAGCAUCGAGGAUGGAGACGAGCAGGGAAAGUUCUUCAUCGAGCCCAAAACAGGCCUCGUGUCGUCUAAGAGGUUUUCCUCAGCUGGUGAAUACGACAUCCUCACGAUCAAGGCAGUGGAUAACGGCCGACCCCAGAAGGCAUCCACUUGCCGCCUGCACAUCGAGUGGAUCCCGAAGCCGAAACCAAGCUCCACUCCGCUGGCCUUCGACGAGAGCGUGUUUUCCUUCAGCGUCAUGGAGAGUGACCCCGUCUCACACAUGGUCGGGGUUAUUACCAUGGAGAACACGGACACGUCCGUCUGGUUUGACAUCACAGAAAACGCCGAGCCCAGUGAGGCAUUUCACAUCGUACAAGCUGCGUGCGACCUGAACUGCACAGCAGAAGGCGGGAAUUCAGACAGCCGUUUUGACGUGGGAAAAGCAAGUGGGACGCUGAUGGUGGCGCAGCCUCUAGAUGCUGAGCAGAAAUCCAACUACAACCUGACGCUGGAGGCUACGGACGGCACAAACACCAUCAGCACACAGGUCCUCAUCAAAGUGAUCGACACCAACAACCACCGGCCGCAGUUCUCCCAGCCGCGGUACGAAGUGAGGGUGGCCGAGGACGCUGCACCUGAUACUGAGGUGCUACGGCUGAGUGCCACAGAUCAUGACGAGAAGAACAAACUGACGUUUACCUUGCUGAGCAGCACCGACCCGUUCAGCCUGCGCAAGUUCCGCCUGGACCCGGGAACUGGAGCGCUGUACACAGCCGAGGCGCUCGACCACGAGGCCAUGCGCCAGCACACACUCACGGUCAUGGUACGAGACCAGGACAUUCCAGUGAAGCGGAACCUUGUGCGGGUGAUCGUUAGAGUCGAGGACGCUAACGACAAUGCGCCAUGGUUUUUUGGAGCGCCAUACGUGGCACGCAUGUUUGAGUCAGCCGCCGUCGGCUCGUCCGUGCUGCAGCUCACCGCUUUGGACAAGGACAAAGGACAAAACGCUGAGAUUGUCUACAGUAUGGAAUCAGGAAAUGUAGCUAAUUCCUUUGCCAUUGAUCGUGUCCUUGGGACCAUCACUGUGGCGAAAGAGUUGGACAGAAGCAACAACAAUCACUUUGAGCUGACGGUGAAAGCUACAGAUAGAGGAACUCCACCCCUGAGUGCUACAGCGACUGUUGAUAUCACAGUGACUGUUUCGGACAACGCAAUGCCUAAAUUUACUGAGAAAGAGUUUUCUGCUGAGAUCAGUGAAUCUGCUCUUCCUGGAACCUUUGUAAGUCUAGUUACGGCUACCAGUCAAUCCUCGGUCUUCUACAAAAUCAAGGAUGGAAAUGUGAACGGAGCAUUUGACAUUAAUCCAAACUCUGGAGUUGUUGUGACUCAAAGGGCUCUGGAUUAUGAAGCUAUUCCAUCAUACACACUAACCAUUCAGGGUUCCAACAUGGCUGGCCAAGCAAGCAAUGCUACACUCCUGAUUCACCUAAAGGAUGAAAACGAUAAUGUUCCAGUAUUCAUCCAGGAGGAGUUUACUGGAAUAGUUAGUGAAUCGUCUCCUGUGAAAAGUGUGGUUCUCACCAAAGAUAGUAUUCCUUUAGUUAUCCGUGCUGUAGACAUGGACCGGGAUGCAAAUGCUAGGCUAGUCUAUCAAAUUGUGGAGCCAUUUGCCCACAACUACUUUGCUAUUGACUCAAGCACUGGAGCAAUUAGAACCACAGUUGAGUUAGAUUACGAACAAAAAUCUGUUUUCCGAUUUACAGUCCAAGUACAUGACAUGGGAAUCCCACGUCACUUUGCAGAGAAGGCUGCAAAUGUGACCAUCGAAAUCAUAGACAUCAACGAUUGUCCACCACAGUUUAGCCAGGACUUGUACGAGGCACAAGUUGUGGUGCCAACUUACAAAGGCGUGAAAGUCAUCACAAUCAACGCAACUGAUGCUGACUCUGGACCAAAUGCUAGACUCCUCUACUCGAUUGCAGAGGGCAACAUUGGAGACAAGUUCAAAAUGGACCCACUCAUGGGGGUCAUUACUAUUCAAAAUGUCACCCAAUUGAGAAGUAGGUAUGAGCUGAAGGCUAGGGUGUCUGAUGGUAGGUUCUCCAAAAUGGUCUCAGUGAAGAUCAGCAUUCGAGAGAAUAAAGCAAGCAGUCUCAAGUUCACUCAGAACUCCUACAAGGCAUUUGUACAGGAGAACUCAUUGGAAAAGAAUACUCUGGCAGUCAUCGCUGCUGUUGGAAACCAAGUGAACGAUCCUUUAUUUUACACUAUAUUAAACCCAGAUAAAAGAUUUGAGAUCAGCCAUACUUCUGGGGUUCUGUCAUCAACUGGCAUACCAUUUGACCGCGAGGAGCAAGAUGCUUAUGACAUUGUAGUUGAAGUGACUAGAGAGGACAGAUCAUCUGAUAUGGCACAUAUUCUUGUAACAGUGACUAUUGAGGAUGUCAACGACAACCCACCUAUGUUUGUUAGCCUGCCUUACCAUGCACUGGUUCAGAAGGAUGCCGAGGUGGGUCAUGUUAUUAGACAAGUUACUGCCAUGGAUUCAGACACAGGACAUAACGCUGACAUAAGAUAUCAUCUACAGGAACUAAAUGAAUACAUCCAGAUAAGUGCUGGUGGUGAACUUUCAUUGAAAAAGUCAUUUGAAAUGGACUCAUUGGACUCAGCUUUUGUGGUCACGGUUGUGGCUACAGAUGGUGGAGAACCACCAUUAUCCACAACCAUUGAAGUGCCUAUUACAGUAGUGGAUAAAGCCAUUCCAGUGUUUGAAAAACCUUUCUACAGUCUAGAGAUCCCUGAAAAUGUACAGUUACAUGUUCCCAUUAUCCAUAUACAGGCUAGUCAUUCAGAAGGGCCAAGGGUGGUGUACACCAUCACAGAGGGGGAUCCUUACAAUCAGUUUUACAUCAACUUCAACACUGGUGUUAUUCAAGUGGUACAGCAUCUUGAUUUUGAGACACAUCCUGCUUAUAAACUAAGUGUAAGGGCCACAGAUUCGCUUACUGGCGCUAAAGCUGAUGUAUUUGUUGACAUUAUCUUAGAGGAUGUAAAUGACAACUCACCUGUGUUCCAAGCCAAGUCUUAUAAUGCGAGCCUUUCUGAAGCCUCUGUCAUUGGCACUGCUGUAGUACAGGUUUCUGCUGUAGAUGCAGACACGAGUAACAAUAAAGUCCUAUUCUACCAAAUAGCUGACAAUGAUAAAAACUCUGAGUAUUUUACUAUCGAUCGUGACACUGGCAUGAUCUGGACAGCACAUAUGCUAGACCAUGAGGAGAAAACACAGCACAAGCUAACAGUCAAAGCUGUCGAUGGAGGAGUUCCAGCACUUUCCAGUGAGGUCACUGUGAUGAUUGACGUUAUAGACCUUAAUGACAAUGCUCCUACGUUCUCACAGAAUGUUUAUGAAGCUGCUGUUAGUGAGUUGGCUCCACGUGGCCAUUUUGUGACACAGGUUCAAGCUUCAGAUGCUGACAGCUCUGAUAGGGCAAACCUUGAGUUUUCCAUCUUGUCAGGAAAUGAGGAGCAGAACUUUGUUAUAGACAAAAAAUCUGGAGCUAUUGUGAUUUCCAAUCACAGGAAGCCACACAUGGAGCCUCUGUAUAACCUUAAUGUUUCUGUGUCCGAUGGUGUGUUCAGGAACUCUGCUCUUGUGAAAGUGGCUGUCAAUGGUGCAAACUUCCACAGUCCUUCGUUCCCUCAAGUUGAAUACAUAGUCGAGCUUCUGGAAAACUCUCCAGUUGGAACAUUAGUGGCAGAGGCUCCGGCAUUAGACAAAGAUGUGGGCACAUAUGGACGAGUCACAUACCACAUUGUCAAUGACAUUGCUAAAGCUAAGUUUUCUGUAAAUGAAGAUGGUGAAAUUUUUACCUUAGAGAGCCUCGAUCGCGAGAAUGCUCUGGAGAAAAUUGUUCAGGUGUCCUUGAUGGCAAAAGAUGGUGGUGGCAAAGUGGGAUUCUGCACCAUCAACGUGAUCCUAACUGACAUUAAUGAUAAUUCCCCACAGUUUAGAGCUGCAGAGUACAAAGUCAACAUCGGCUCAGAUGUUCCCAGAGGAACGACAGUCGUUAAAAUUGCAGCUUCUGACAUGGAUGAAGGCAGCAAUGCAGACAUAACUUACACUAUCGAAGCAGACACAGAUAAUGUAUCAGAGAAUUUUGAGAUCCACCCUCUUAGUGGGGUCAUUGUGACUAAAGAAAGUCUCAUCGGAUUAGAAAACAAAGUCUAUGCUUUCCUUGUUCGUGCAAGGGAUGGUGGCAACCCUUCAAGAUCCUCUGUUGUCCCUGUCUACGUUAGAAUCCUUGCCCCAGAGGUCAAAGUUCCAAAGUUUGUAGAGCCAUACUACAGGUUUGCCAUUGAAGAAGACCGCCCUCUAGGCUCACAAAUAGAUGUAAUUCAGGCAGAGAGUGAUCAGCCUGUGUUCUACAGUUUAGUAAAGGGUAACACCCUAGAGAGCAACAAAGAUGAGGUUUUUGAACUCGACCGUGACACAGGCGCUCUGAAGCUGGUUAAGAAACUGGACCAUGAGAGCACCAAGUGGUAUCAGUUCAAUCUCCAUGCACAAAUUGACCACGAGGGGAAUGAAAUUAUCUCUUCUGUGGAUGUUAACAUUCAAGUGAAGGAUGUAAAUGAUAACAGCCCCUUCUUUGAGUCAGACCCUUAUGAAGCUGUCGUGGUUGAGAAUCUCCCUGGAGGCACAUCGGUGAUACAGGUGAAGGCAAUGGAUCUGGACUCCAGCACCAAUGGGCAGGUGAGUUACAGUCUGGAUCCUGUGCAGGAUUCAGUGGACAUAGCAGAACUGUUUGCUGUCAAUAGCGAAACAGGCUGGAUGACCACACUAAAGGAACUGGACCGGGAGCAGGGAAACAAGUACACCGUCUCAGUCCUAGCUGUUGACCGUGGAGACAAAGUCCAGCUUACAGUGAGCACUAAAGUGGAAGUGACAGUAGCUGACAUGAACGACAACCCACCCAGAUUCACGGCAGAGAUAUACAAAGGCACAGUGAGUGAAGACGACCCCCCUGGUGGAGUGAUUGCUAUCCUCAGCACAACUGACGCAGACUCCAAGGACAUCAACAAGCAAGUCGAGUACUUUAUUACAGGUGGUGACCCCUUGGGGCAGUUUGGUGUAGAGUACACACAGGGCGAGUGGAAGGUGUUGGUGCGAAAGCCUUUAGACAGGGAGGAGACAGACAACUACCACCUCAACAUCACAGCGACUGAUGGCACCUUCAGCACCCAGGCAGUGGUGGAGGUUAAAGUGUUGGACGCCAACGACAACAGUCCUGUUUGUGAAAAGUCUCUGUACACAGUGCGAGUCCCGGAGGAUGCCAUAUCCGGACGUUACGUUCUCCAGGUCUCUGCUACAGACGCUGACAUCCGCUCCAACGCUCACAUCAACUACCAACUCUCCGGAGUUGGAGCUGAACACUUUAGCAUCGACCCUGAGACAGGUGAGCUGAAGACCUUCAGUGCUCUGGACUACGAGGAGGAAAUGCUGCACAGGAUGAAGGUGCGUGCGGUGGACGGAGGAGGGCGAUACUGCGAGGCCGACGUCGAGGUCACGGUGGAGGACGUAAACGAUAACGCUCCUCGCUUCAGCGCCGACCCUUUCGCCAUCACCGUCUUCGAGAACACGGAGCUACACACACCUGUCGCACGGCUGCAGGCUACGGACCUCGACAUGGGCUCUAACGGUGAGCUCGUCUACUCUUUGUUGGAUUCGGCCAACGGAGCUUUCUCGAUCGACGAGCACUCCGGUGUUCUUCGCUUGGCCACACCCCUCAACCGUGAGCUCCACCCCUCGUACACUCUUCGAGCCCGUGCUACGGACCGGGGCUGGCCCCGCCCCCUCUCCACCGUCUGCUCCGUCACCGUGUCCGUGCUGGACCUGAAUGAUGACCCUCCUGUCUUCCAGCGUCAUGAUUACGUCGCCACUAUUCCAGAGGACAUUGCGGCGGGAACACAGGUGCUGCGUGUACACGCGGCUAAUCGUGAUGCAGAAGCUCAGAUCUCAUACGCCAUCGUGGAUGGGAAUGAGAAUGGCGCGUUCAGCAUGGACACACACACAGGUGUCAUUUUUGUGAUCACGCCGCUGGAUUACGAGCUAUACCGCAAGUUCUCUCUGACGGUGGAGGCGACAGACGGAGAAACGCCAUCUCUAAACGACAGGGCUAUUGUCAGUAUCAACGUGACGGACGUAAACGAUAACAGCCCUGUGUUCAGCCAGUCAGUUUAUGCAGCCGUGGUGAGCGAAGGAAUCGAACCGGGCAAGGCGGUGCUUACGGUCAUGGCUGAAGAUGCAGAUGGACCUUCCAAUAACCAGGUGCGUUACUCCAUCGUCAGUGGCAACCAAGGAAGCCCUUUCUCUAUCGACCCUUUGAAGGGAGAGGUGAAGGUCGCACGGCAUCUGGACAGAGAGAAGGUGUCUGGUUAUACUUUGACCGUGAGGGCGUCUGAUAACGGGAGUCCGGCUCAUUUUAGCACCACCAAAAUCAACAUUGACGUAUCCGACAUCAACGACAACCCACCUGUGUUCUCCCAGAGCAACUACACACUCAUCAUCCAGGAGAACCGUCCGGUCGGGACCAGUGUCCUCCAGCUAAGCGUAUCGGACCGAGACGCCUCACACAACGGGCCGCCGUUUUCGUUCUCCAUUGUCAGCGGAAACGAGGACCACACAUAUGACAUCACGUCUCAGGGAGCGCUGGUGUCCAUUGGCACGCUGAGUCGCCAAAACAAGGACAACUACGUUUUGGAGAUUCAGGUGUCUGACUCCGGCCGGCCGCCGCUCUCCUCCUCCGCCAUGGUGUUUGUUCGUCUGAUCGAGGAGAGCAUCCACCCUCCGGUCAUCCUUCCGCUUGACGUUUUUGUCACCACGACAACGGCUGAGUACGUGGGAGGUGGAGUGCUAGGGAAAAUCCAUGCCACUGACCAUGAUGUACACGACACUCUUACCUAUGGCAUCAGCCCUGAUCCGGCGCCUUCAGACAAUUCUGCCCUCUUCUCCGUCUCACCUGCUGAUGGACGACUUGUGGCUCUGGGUGCCCUUGACUCCGGUCGCUACUCGCUCAACGCCACUGUAACAGACGGUCGCUUCACAACUUGGGCACGUGUCACCACGCAUGUACGCCCUGCCCCUGCACUCGUUAAUCUCGUGAGCAUCCGCCUGGGCAACAUCGCACCUGAAGAGUUCAUUGGUGAGCAUUGGCGCAAUUUCGCUCGGGCUUUGCGUAACACAGCGGGUGUACGGCGCAGCGACGUGCAGCUCGUCAGCCUGCAGCCUGAUCACAGCGAUCUGGAAGUGCUUCUUGCGCUUGACAAGACAGGAAGUCCGGAGCAGGCACAGGAAGUGGUGCUAAGGAAGCUGAAUGCCUCCGCUAGCACUAUUGAGGAGAUAACAGGAGUGAAGAUUGUUCGUGUGGGCAACAAACUUUGCCCUCGUUUGGACUGUCCAGCUCGUCACUGCCAGGAAAUGGUGACCUUGGUGACUGGUGCUAUGGCAACGUACAGCACAGCGAGGCUCAGCUUCGUCACUCCGCGCCACACAAGGACCGCUGACUGCCUCUGCCGUGGUGCUGAGUGCUCUGAGCUGAGCAAGCUAUGUGUAGGGAACCCAUGUCCCGAGGGUACGGAGUGUGUAGAAGACUCGACACACACCACGUUCAGCUGCAUAUGUUCAGACGAGAAACAUGGACAAUGUUCAGAAGGUCGCGCUCUGACAUUGACCGGGAACGGCUACGUGCGCUACAGGCUGAUGGAGAAUGACAAUAAGGAAGAGAUGAAUCUCUCUCUCAGGCUGCGUACAUUCUCUGACCAUGCUACUAUUAUGUACGCCAAGGGUACUGAUUACAGCAUCCUGGAGAUUGUGAAUGGACGUCUGCAGUACAAGUUUGACUGUGGCAGUGGGCCUGGUGUCGUCUCAAUCCACAUCCCAUUAGUGAAUGAUGGUGAAUGGCACACAGUUUUGCUCGAGGUGGAUGGCAACUAUGCUCGUCUGGUACUUGACCGAACACACACUGCCUCAGGCAAAGCACAGGGCAACCUUCGCACACUCAACCUCGACACCAGCGUCUUCUUCGGUGGGCAUGUGUGGCAGACAGGUGUGGCCAAUGGUCUGAGGGGCUGCCUGCAGGACGUUGUUUUGAACGGACGUGAGCUGCCACUGAGACCACAGCCUCGUAGCACCCACUCAGUUCUGGAGGACCUUGUGGAAGCUGUGCCUGGUUGUAACCCACCUCCUCGGGUAUCAGGCUGUAACAGCGAGCCCUGUGCCAACGGGGGAACCUGCACUGAGCUGCCCAAUGGAGGUUAUUUCUGUAAGUGCAGUGGUAUGUUUAUGGGCAGCCACUGUGAGGUUAGUAUUAGUCCCUGCUCAUCUAAUCCCUGUCUUUAUGGUGGAACCUGCGUGCCACGUGGAGAUGACUUCUACUGCCAGUGCCGAGGCCAGUACUCCGGCCAGUGGUGUCAGCUUGGUCCGUACUGCACAGAGAACCCCUGCAAGAACAACGGCCGGUGCAUCGGCAGCCUAGAUGGCCCGGUGUGCGAGUGCGAGUCUGGCUUCCAAGGAGACAGGUGCCUGAAAGAUGUGGACGAGUGCUUGAAAAACCCAUGCACCAACGGUGGCCAAUGCCAGAACACGUAUGGCUCAUACAACUGCAACUGCUCCCUUGGCUAUGGAGGCCACCACUGUGAGCAAUAUGCCCAGAUCAGCAACCAUGUGGUCUCUACAUCCUGGAACAUUGGGCUGGAAGAGAUUAUCGGCAUUGCUGUCUUUGUUGCAGUUAUCUUCGUCAUGGCUCUGCUAUUUGUCGUUAUCCGUAAGCGUGUAUGCCGACGUGCCAAGCCCCAGUCACCUGAAGAUGACAAGCACCUGUCAUCCUUCCUGCAGCAUCCAUAUUACGACUCCAAGUUGGGCAGGAACGUCUACUCUGACGUGCCACCCCAAGUGCCCGUGCGACCCAUCUCGUACACUCCCAGCGUGCCGAGUGACUCUCGGAAUAACCUGGACCGCAGCUCAUUUGAAGGCUCGACGGUCCCUGAGCACACAGAGUUCAGCACAUUCAACCCUGACCCUGUAGGUCAUGGGCACCGCAAGGCUGUUGCUGUUUGCAGUGUAGCCCCGAACCUGCCCCCGCCACCACCCUCCAACUCUGCCUCAGACAGCGACUCAAUUCAGAAACCCAGCUGGGACUAUGAUUAUGACGCUAAAGUCGUAGAUCUGGACCCGUGUUUCAGUAAGAAGGCAGUAGAGGACGGCACAUGUCACACAUAUAAUGCCCGGGGCAGCAUGUCUGAGGUGCAGUCACUCAGCUCGUUUCAGUCCGAGUCCUGUGACGACAACGCCUCCAUAGUGACUGUAAUCCACCUGGUCAGCUCGGCGGCUGGCUCGGUGGAGACACCAGAGUCACUCCCGUCUCAUGAGCUCAAGAACCCGAGAGGGUAUCAUUGGGACACAUCUGAUUGGAUGCCGAGUGUUCAGCUUCCUGGAAUCCAGGAGUUUCCUCAGUAUGAGGUGGUGGAAUCUCCACCCACCCUGUACAACGACCCCGCCUUGCUAGACACAGACUAUUACGCGGGUGGUUACGACAUCGAGAGUGAUUUCCCGCCUCCACCUGAUGACUUCCACGCCCAUGACGACCUUCCUCCUCCUCCACCUCCACCCGCACAAUACGACACGCUCGGCCCCGCACCCUCUAGUCCCGGAGGAUCGUGGGUACGCCAGCGGCCCCCUUUGCCCCAACUCUACACGCUCAGCCAUUACCUCCCGCACCACCAGUACCCUUCAUCCGACCCGGAGGUGCCGAAAAGCGGCAGCAUCGCGGCUGACGACGUUUCACUGUCUCUGUACGCAUCCACGGUGUCAUGCUCGGAUGUGGAAGAGUCAGAGGCGCCCAUGAGCGACUGUGAGAGUGGUGCCGAGGACGGCGCGCAAUUCCGACGGCUCAUCGUAGCACCGCAAGCACAACAACAACCACAACAACACACCGAAGUCUGACACUGGAUCCAUAAAGAACAGAAAACAAAAAGUGCCUGAAAAUUAAACCUUAUGCAGGAAACUAUCGUAGUCACACACACACACAAACACACACACACACACACACACAAAAUGUACGACCACACAAUAAAUUCUCUUACACAUGGACAUAUUUAAGGAUAGUUUCUCCUCUGGAGCACAGCAGCUAAUUUCAGUAGGAGUCGUGUGGACCUGAGUGUGUACAUUUGUGUAUCUGCCUUCACAUCAUGUCUGAUGAUAUAAAGUUCACAGCGUCUUGUUCAUGAAAGAAAAAAGAAGAGUAAGAAGAAGAAGAAGAAAAGUGUCAUUUCAAAGCGAUAGUUGUCUGUAUUUGUAUAGAGAAAACCAUGCAAUCUGUUUUUUUUAUUAUUAUUACAAAUGCUCAUUCAUUUGUAAUGUAAAUGGUACUGUACAGUCUUGAUUUUGAGGGUUGAAUAGUUUUUUGUAGAUAUUUUAUUUUUAUUUCUCAAAAAAAAGAACGGGGGGGGGGGCAAAACAGUGUGUCAUUAUCAGCUUUUGCUGCAUAAAAAAAAUAUACAAAGUGGUAAAAAAAAGUGUGAUCUUGUCCACACUUCCUGCUCGGCUCUGACGGGCACCUGCAUAUUAUCGUGAUGUCAGUUUAAUUUUUUGUGUUUUUUUAUUUGUAAAAUUUUUAAAACUUCUUUAUUUUUCCACCAAGAUAAAAAAAAACAACCAAACGAGACCUGGUAUAUUUAUAUUGCGAGAUCAAGUGUGGACUCGUGACUUUUUCAAGCAAGCGCUCGUGUGUGAGCAAUGUUUCGGUCUUGUUUAUGAUUUGUUCUUUUUGUUUUGUUUUUUAAUACUGCCACUAGCUUAAUCGCUUUACUACUGGCAAUAAAUUAUUCUUAAAAAUA